AGUUGCUAGGUUAGGUUAGGUAGUUUGUGAAGAGCUGGAAACACGGCCGGGAACAGCGAACGCAGUGAAGCAAUACUGGGAAUGUAGAACAUCUUCAUCCUUGCAAAAUGAUGGUGUUCAUAUGGGCUUAAAGCUAGCAAUAGUUUAGCUGUACAGCCCACACAUGGCUUCAGUGGAGCGGGAUAAGCAGGAUCCCUUCUACCUCAGUCAUGGUGCUAAGAGACCGACCAGCGCAGAGAUAGUGACUGAGGCCCGGCGCUCUCUCAGGAUCCUCGGCACUCAGAGGCCCUUCACCCCACGGGAUGAGCAGAGGCAGCUCUUUGGAGAUGCAUCAGCUCGCACACGUGAUAGAAGGCCACCAUCUUCAUUCAGUCUUCAUGCCCGGAAUUUUGAGGCUUCUGAUUCUAGGCCAAGCUCUGGAACCCGCCUCUCUCCUUUAGAACAUAAACCCAAGCUGCCCCUGUCCAAGGAUGAAGACUACAAUGAAAGUGGAACAGCUGUGCCUAAACCCCCAAUUGCGCCCCUGGACAGGAAAGGUUUAGCAGGGGCCCGGACCAGGCAACUCAGACCAAGGUCACUCACCCGUCUACCUCCUAUGACUCAACAAUCAAAAGAACUUCACACUGAGGAUUGUCAUGAGCAACCAAAACUGAGCUUGGAGACAGUCCAGCGAACAAACACAAAUAAUCUCCAGCAUUGUAAUGCCAGGCGAGACAGAACAGAGGCACCACCAGAGCUAUCUACCAAACAUAGUGGAAUGCAACAGCCCAGCAGAGCUACCCCUCAGAAAAAGGAAACAGAUACAGAGGCUGACAGUGGCCAUGGGGACAUGACAGGAAGAGAUGCCACGGACGAAUCUGUGUUCUGGAACUUUGAGGUGCUUCCUGUUCUGCAGGAGUUUGAAGCUGUGAUGCCAGGAGGAAGUGUGUCAGAGGAGACUAUUGAGCAGCUUUGUGAUGCCUGCACAGCUCUUCACUGUGUUUUGGCAGAGAGAGGCAAGCUGGGUAGGCGGUUAAAGAAAAGGUCCACCCUUCUCCGAGCACUGUUUAGACUGAUAGAUUUGGGAUCAGACCAACUCAACUUAGCUCUGGGCAAACUCAUUCUUGCACUCAAUGUCAGUGGGAACAAUCUUCUAAACAUUUGCAAGCUGAUCUUCAAAAUCAGCCGGAGCUCCAGUAAUGACGUACUGUUUCAGAAAAACUCCAUUAUAGAUUCACUCCUGCCGCUGCUGCAGUGUGAGGACUUGUAUAGCAAUGGGGAGGCCGUGUUGUACACUGUGGGCUCCCUAAAGCUCCUCUCUGGGAACUGCGCCCUCUCCAGGCUGCUCCUGGCUAAAGACUUUAUCAGUGUCCUCCUGCAACUCGCCCAGAAGCUCCUCAGGUUGACUGAUCCUGAUGCUCUGCCUGAUCAUAAUCCCACUGUAGCAGGACGUGACCAGAACCCUAUAGCAGGACACAUACUGGUGCAGCUGACAGCAGCCCUUAGAAACAUGGCUGACCUGUCUGAGUCCCGUCCAAUGUUUACAUCAAACGAUGUCUUCUCCACACUUUGUAAAAUCAUGGAUCUAUACCAAGAUGACCAGGACGUCUGUCUUAACGUGGCCAGGAUAUUAAGCAAGCUGUCCUCCUAUGCCGGUUGCUGUUAUGCGCUAUCUGAGACGCUGUGCUGUUACAGGCUAUUUUUAGAUCUGUUGAGCAAACACAGCAGGAAACAGAAUCUGGUGGUGCGUCUCCUGUUCACAUUAGGAAACCUGGCAGCCAGGAGCAGUGAGGCCAGGGAAAGAGUGUAUGAAGAGGAGGGGGCUGCAGACAUUCUCAUAGGCCUUUUCCAGCACUACCACCGAGCAGCUUUUUUGGCCUCCAAGAACCCUCAGCAUGAAGAAGAGGAUGUCCUGGUGAAGCUGAUUAGAGUUCUGGCCAACCUGUCUAUUCACCCUACUGUAGGCAGAGCACUGGCAGCAAAUGCGUUGUGUGUGCAGCUACUGCUGGAGGUGAUGGAGGUCAGGUCGGUGGAAGAGAGUACAGAGUUGGUAGUAAACGCAUCAGCUACUAUCAACAAUCUGUCAUACUACCAAGAGGAGGGCACUGUGGUCCGUGCCCAGCACACACACAUCUCUAAACUGUUGUUGAGGUUAUUAUUAAGCUCUAACAUGGAUGUUGUGUUAGAGGCCACACGCGUGUUUGGAAAUCUAUCUCAGAUCAAAUAUGUGCGACACUUUAUCAUCGAGAACAAAGUGCACCAGUUUAUAGUGACAUUGCUGGACUCCAAGAACCCUGAUGUAUGUUUCUCAGCAUGUGGAGUCCUCAUGAACCUCUCAGUGGAUCCGGAGUACAGAACAAUACUGAGAAAAGAGGGAGCCAUACAAAAAUUGAUGGACUGUCUGCGAGACUUUGGGCCUAAGGAUUGGCAGCUGGCUGGUCUAGUUUGUCAAACUCUUUGGAACUGCAUGGAAGAUGGUGAGACACAAAACAUGCAAGAGCUGCUGGAGAUACUCUCUCUGUAUUCAGAUCAGACAUUUUUGCAAUGGCCCUCCUGUGAUGAUGUUAAAGAAUACCAGAAUUCAUGCUGGGAACAAGACUUUUUGCCUGUUGCUCAGAAGCUGAAGAAACGCAUACAAAGCAACAUGAACCUAAUGGAACCAAUCAGCGAGCCUUCCUGAACAACCAUUCACACCACAUACACUGAAGUGUUUAGCAUGUGUAUCCGAGUGUGUGACAGAACAAGGAUUUUUCAGGGUAUUUACUGAUUGCACUUUAAUGUUUACAAUGUUUAAUUUUCUGCCAACAAUUUAAAACUAUAAACAACAUUUUAAAAAUAGUUUAUACUCUAUGCUCCUGAUACAGAACCCGCAAUAAAUGAGAACACUGUGAAUGUUUAUGAACUAUGUAACAAAAUAUAUAACAAUUAAUAACAACACACUUAUCCCAGGCAUUAUGCUUUCCUUAUGUUUAAUGUCAUUAAUACGGUCUUAUAGCAGGUCCAGGUUGUAGGCAUGUCUUUAAGCCAUUGAGAAACAUGUGACCAUGAGACUGAGAGCACAUUUAAACAACUGGCCAGGUGUUCUCCUGCAGUCCAUUAUUAACCAAGAAAUACUUUUUUAAUGUUGCUUGCUAUAAGUAUAAGAGAUGCCUUAAGUACUGGAUACACUGUCAGUAGAUAAAGAAAUAUAGUUUCCUGGUCAAAUAAGUAGUCACAUGGGUCUUUUCUUCUCUAAUACUUAGAACUCAGUCCCCUCCUAUUAAUAACAGAGCCAAUCCUAGCCAUUAGCUAGGAUUAAUUAGCCAUUAUUGUAAAAAAAGACAAUUCACUAAACAGCUAAAGUGUCUUAUGGCCAUUUUUGCCAAACAUUAAAAUAUUUUAAGCAUUUGUUGUAUCCCUAUAUGUGGUACCUGGACCAGAUACUUUAGUAUAUUUUUGCUUGUGGAUCCAUGUUAGCUGAGAAGUGCUAAUAUCUUGCAGAAUCUUAACUGUCGUGAUUUCUCCAGCUACAUUUUGGGUAUAUACAGUUGAGUAGAUUACGUACUAUGCAGUAAUACUCUAGCAGUCUAGAUGAAAGCUGACCAGUGAAAUCCCCAGACUUCAAUUUAAAUUCCCUGUUUAAAACACAAAGGGUAAAUUCCAAAAUACCAUGUGGGCUAAAAUAGACACUGACAUUAUGGCAUGGGGAAGCAGCAUAAAAUGUUAAAGAAGAAAUUCACUGUAGCUUAACUGAAAGAACCUGCUGGCAUAUGGAUUUUCAAACACAUUUUUACAUGGACCAUCCCUCUCGGUAGAUGAAUAGAGUAAGAAAACUUAUAAUGUAAAUGACACUCAUGAGCACAGCAAUGAUCGCAAAAGCUUUAUUAAAGAGAUACAAUUCCAGAAGAAACCCGAAGGAACACAGAACAAAGUUCUAAUCUUAUGAAACAGUUAACAUCAAACUGAUACAUAAUGGCAUUACCUUCCCCCUGCCCACAAUCCUUUAAUGCUAACAAGAACACUUUACUGCUACCAUCUGUACAAACUGCUGUUCAGCUCAGCAAUUCAGCAACUGUUUAAUUGUGCUGAAAAUAUUAGAAAAUCACAUGACUAGUGAUUGGCUAAAUCAUGAUGGACUUUCAUUUGAGAUCCUGAUUAUAAUACUCAUUAGCUAACAUGCUACUUAGAACUUGUAGACACGUGAUGUAACUGCACAGUGAAAAGAGCCCCAGCUUAACACAGUCAUUUACACUGAUGCUCUCCACACCAGGACAUAUAAAUUCCCGUUUCAUUUGUGUUUAUUAUCACUGCAUAGCAGGGCAUGAGAGCGUCCUUGUGUAGCCCAUAUUAGCCAUGUUGGUAAUUCUAUGAGGACCACACUGUGCUGUUACAACACUGAAAUAUUUCCAAAUUCCUAUGACUUAUAAUGUUAAAAUCAUUAUUAUAACUAUUAUUUCUGGUGAAUGACUAGUCAUGUGAUAUGACAGACACAAAUGGUGGGUUAUUAAGGUACAGGUGAAAACAAAUAGGUAAACAUACAGUGUAUAAGUCCUGGUAUACGUUAUGGGUUAAUUUUUUUAUGCUGAUAUGGUAACAUUUAGAUUGUUCAAAGAGUACCAGUAGUGCCUAACUGGUAGUUUUCUCUGUUUUGACAUAUCUGAUAUUGUAUAUUGGAUUUGAUUGUUUUCCUAUGCAACCACAACAUUCCAGGGAAACAAAAUAAUUGCUAGAAUAUGAAAUGAUACACAGUGAUUAAAUAUCAUGUUUGUUUUAUUUAUUUAUUUAUUUGUUGAAUGUGAUCUUAUAUAAAAAUGUCAGUAACUGACAUCAGUCUCUGAAGAUUGAUAAAAAAAAAAUCCAUUGCUUCUUGACAUCCAUCUCCAAAAGGAAAAGUACCAUCCCUCUCUCCUUCUCAUCACUCUACACCCGACUGUUCCAGCCACAAUCAGAAUGCAGUACUUGAUUGGUUUUAGUAAACAAAAAUAGAAGACAGCAGAGAAUCUAUCCUGCUUAACACACAUGCACGCACGCAUACACACAAACACACGCCCACGCGCAUACACUCGACAUUAAAAAGCUGCUUAGUUAUACUGGUUAAAGUUCUGAAAAUAAGAACAAGCACUGUCUAUCUCACGACCGCACAGUCGUUUGGGAAAGCCUGGCUCUUUUUCUUUUUUUAAAGUACAGGAUGAAGCCCCCUUCCAGGCAAUCCCACAAAGGAGAAAGUUUCUGCUCGCCAAAGAGCACUUAGAUACCUAAAGAGAUACAUAACAAAGAGGUAUUUCAUUAUACUGACAACUCCAAAAUAACAAAACAAUAGCUUUUCAAAGAGUUAAGAUGACCAUGCUGCAAAGGGAAGACAGGUGAGGGGUUGGGGGCAGGGUCCAGAGCAACAGGAAGCACAUCACAAAGGAAGACUUUUUUCCUAGUCUUUUUUUUUUCUUUUCCUUGAAAUCGCUAAUUUGUCACUUGGACAAAACACAAAGUGAAUUUUAGGAAAUGGUCACUAAACCCAAAACGGCUACAUCAUAGCUGAAGCAUAUAUCAAUAUUUCAGAAAAAAGUGCUUUGAUAUUUUUUAUGCCUGAAAUACCAAAUAAACAAAAAUAGGCUAAGGUACAUUUUGUUUCAGAUAUAUAUAUUUUAAAACACACACAGGUAAGCAGAGACAGAGUGGUGACUUACAGUAAACCAAAAAACAAGGGCUCAGACAGCGAUUUCUUUUGAAUAUCUCUCUCCCCUCCGCGUGCGCACACAUACUCUCUCACACAUACACACAUCACUUCUCACUCCCAGUCACAUCCUUUCUAUCACAAAACGUUCCUCAAGUUAGCUUAUAAAAUGGGUAAUGGUUUGGGUGUUUGGAGGCUUGUGCCUCUCAGUUGAGAAAAGCAGCAUUGACUGACAGCACCUCUGCGUUAGUCUCCAGUGCUGUUCAAGACUAGGCACACGUUUAUGCAGCUUCAAUAAUGCUCUUCCCUCUCCAGUCGCCUGCACUACAAAAAUGAUAUGAAAACAAACAAAAGAAAAAAACAAAAAAACACAAUAAUAGUAAAUAGUUAGGCAUGUUAGUGCAGUGUGUCUGCACAGAUACUGGAGUUGUUGUGAUUUGUUUUUUUCUUCUUCCUUUCAUCGCACAAAAAAGAAGAUAUGAUUGAGUAGCAUCUUAAUGUAGAUGCAUUCAAAACACUAAAAGGAGGGCUGGCCUCCAUAAGCUUGCAGUCUCUGGCUGUCCUAAUGCAAGGAGUAUGCCGACAUGCCCCCCUGUGGCGGGCUUUGGCACUGCAGGCCGAGUAAUCACACAUUUCAGUCAGCAAGUGCGUUCAGGUGACUUUUCUUGUGAUUUUUUUUUCUUCUUCGCAUCCAGCACUCAUCACAAAGGUGAUCUUCACUCUUCCACACUUUCGGCCUCUUCUCUUCUCCGUUUCAUUUUUGUUUUUCCUCUUUUUUUGUUGUUUUUACUUUUAUUGAAGUGUCCCACGAAAGCAACAACAACGACAGUAAAAAUACAA